AGUGUGGCUGCUGAAUUACAUAUUAACGAGUUUGGGGAGGGGGUAUCUGCGUCGUAGUCAAUAUUGGACAUGCAUGCAGUCAGACCUGGAAGAGAUUUACGUACUUUCGGACAACAAUGGCGGGAGGACGAGGAGCUAUUUUGACUUGCCUGUUUGUUCUACUCUAUCAUAUUUUGUGUGCAUGGGGGUUUGUUGUUGAAUACGGCCCCUCUUCUCCACGCGUGGAUGAUGGUGAAUCAACAUCGGCUGCAUGUCCGGCUGAUUAUGUCAUGAUUAGGUGUGAGGUUGAUAUUCGUGCCAGAGCCGAUGGUUCCAAAAUCAGGAAUUCGACCUCGAAAGAGUGCUCUGCAUACUCGAGAGGCACCGUUGGCUCAGUUAAGGCUGUCAACGUGUGCAUGUAUGGGAAGAAUGUGGUCAAGGAACUGGUGACAAGCCAGAAAUACACAGCAAAUCCUUCCUUCGUGUGUCCUGCAGGGUAUUACAUGUUUGGAUGCAACGAUCACAGCUUCUGGGGCGAGUCCUACAAAAGCAAGGUGAUUCCCUUUCUCCAGCCAGAUGGCCUCCAGGGGUGCAGAAUACCUAAAUGUGCCAGAUGUCGACUCCAGUUGCACUGUAUAGAAGGAGGUGUUGUCAAAAAAGCCAUUCGCACUGCUGGCUCGGAUGCCAGGGUGAAAACGUACACAAUGAAGCCCGUCUUUGGACCAAUUCCUUUCACACUCAAGGUGGUCAACACCUUCACGACCACAACUACCUUCAAGUGCUGUAAAGAGUGUCUUUCGUUUGCAAAGUGUGAUUACAUCAUUCAUCUGACUACAGUUGGGAUAUGUCAUAUUUAUGCAAGUUGAAUACAGACACCAUGAUCGAUGGUUGUGAUGGAACUUGCCUAACAUAUUAAUGGGGAAAGAGCCAGCGAUCAAUGUUGCAUGAACCUGUCACGGUGUGACUUUCUCCGAUUGACGAUAUUUGAUCUCGGUUGUGAUAAAUAAUAUCAAACAUAAUUUGAAGGUGAAAUAGGCAUGUCACCUCCUGAAUGAUGUAUGAACUUGGCGCGAAACACACAUACGCCUUCAAGGCAACUGAAUGAACAGUGCCGUAAUCAUCAACACCGUCUGAUCCUGCAAAAAUAGACAUCCACUUCUGCUUCCUGAAUGUUUGAGAUGCACACUAAACAGGUCUCUACGUUUAUAGAGCAUCAUUUUUUAUCCCAGUUACUGCAUUUGUUUGUUUGUCUAUCGUCAUUAAACAGACACGGAGUUGAGGCUAUUCCUGUUCUAACAUAAAGCAUGGACGAGGCUAUCAUAUUUCUGUGUUCAUCAGUAUCGUCUCCAUCAAAACUGACAAUAAUAAUAACGCGCUUUGCUCCUGAUAAGUUGAUUGUUUUU